AUGGUCCCUAAGGCGCAAGACGGGGCUUGGAGACCCUGCAGAGAUUAUCGCAGACUUAACGCACAGACAGUCCCCGAUAAGUACCCUGUGCCGAAUUUGGCUGAUUUUGCGAUUUCUUUGCAGGGGGCGACAGUUUUUACCAAGAUCGACUUACGUAAAGCGUUCUAUCAAAUACCAGUAGCUGAAGAAGAUGUGCAUAAAACGGCCAUUACGACUCCUUUUGGCCUGUUCGAAUUCCUACGAAUGCCCUUCGGCCUGCGAAACGCCGCGCAAUCCUUCCAGCGAUUAAUUGACGAAGCACUUCGUGGCAUACCUCACUCAUUUGCUUGCAUUGAUUACUUACUUAUCGCUAGUGCUAACAUGGACGACCACAAGCACCAUGUAACGCAAGUCUUCGAGCGCUUAGACCACUACGGACUGAAAAUAAACCUCGAUAAGUGUUUAUUUGCUGUGCCCAAACUCAACUUCCUAGGUUUCGUCAUUGACAAUUCAGGAAUUACACCAAUUCCAGAAAAAGUAAAAGCAAUAAGCGAAUUUCCGGAACCAACUACACUCCGUGAACGCCGCCGAUACCUGGGAUUAAUAAACUAUUACCGCCAAUUUAUCUCCAAGUGUUCUCAAAUCUUGGCACCCCUCAUCGACCUGCUUCGUGGUCAGGGGAAGAGAAAUGUAACGAUAAAACUAGCUAACGAAACACUCGCCAUUUUCAUAAACUCAAGAAAUGCUUUAGCAAAUUUCACAAAGUGA